AUGUCACUUCUUGAGAUGCAAAACAAUAUUGUGAUGCUUUUGACAGCUAAAAUGGAUGAAAGGGCAGAUGGCUUGGAGGACAUGGUUAGGAGGAAUACCAUGAAAACUGAGGCCAUAAACAAAUCUGUUGACUUUAUCUCUGGAGAAGUGAAAACCCUCAAAAGUGACAUGAAGAAGGUGGAAGUUAUCUGCCAGGAAAAUGAACAGAAGGUGGCUGAACUCGAGCAAAAGGUGAAUGAUGCGGAGAGAUACCAGGUGGAACCUGAGGCUCCAUGGAAUUCCAGAGAGAUACCAGGUGGAACCUGAGGCUCCAUGGAAUUCCAGAGAGAUACCAGGUGGAACCUGAGGCUCCAUGGAAUUCCAGAGAGAUACCAGGUGGAACCUGAGGCUCCAUGGAAUUCCAGAGCUGGCGGGUGGUCUAAGGCGCUGCAUCGCAGUGCUAGCUGUGCCACUAGAGAUCCUGGUUCGAAUCCAGGCUCUGUCAUAGCCAGCCACGACCAGGAGACCCAUGGGGCGGCGCACAAUUGGCCCAGCGUCGUCCAGGGUAGGGGAGGGAAUGACCGGCAGGGAUGUAGCUCAGUUGGUAGAGCAUGGCGUUUGCAACGCCAGGGUUGUGGGUUCGAUUCCCACGGGGGGCCAGUAUGAAAAAAUUAUAAUAAUGUAUGCACUCACUAACUGUAAGUCGCUCUGGAUAAGAGCGUCUGCUAAAAUUACUUUUUUUUAAAUGAGGACAUCAAACCCAGAGUUGUUGACAUCUGUGGAGCUGUCAUUCCCGAAUCAAAAGCCAAACUUCAGGAAAAUGUGAACAUCGUUCAUCAUUUGGGAAGACUCAAGGAUCAAAACAAGAGUCCCAAGGACAACAAUCAUCCGGUUCACCAACAGAUCUACACGGGAUCUUCUCUGGAGGCGAGCAAAGAACUGGGAGUUCUUCAUCAAGCAAAAAUGGAGGUUCACGGAGGAUCUGACCUCUGCGGACAAAGUGACACGGGAGAAACUGUGGCCGAUGGUGGCUGCAGCUCGAAAGGCAGGGAAAACUGCAUUUCUUUGUUGGUGCAAGAGUGA